UUAGAGGAUAUCCACCCUGAUUUGCUUGCCCACUAUCAUGGCACUGGUGGACCGUCUCUAUCAAGUGAGGACCAGGAAGAUGCAGAUGAGAUGCAUGAUUUACAAGAUAUGAUUGUGGCUGACCUCGAGGAAAAUUUGAAUGGCGAGCCCAUUUUAGUUCCUAAGCAUGUGAAUCCCUUUCCCUCUUUCGAAGCAGAGACAAUUUUUCAUCAAGCCCUUACAGAUAUUCGAGAGGCUGAUAUAAUGCCAGACAGUCCAUAUUUUCCAGCUUUGCAAUGGAACUUGUCAACAUAUGAUACUCACGAGGACAUUACAGUUGGAUUUCGGAAGAUGAGAUCAUUAGUAGUUCAUCUUCCACCAGAAAUAUGGAUGCCAUGGGCCUUGCUGUGGUCCCAAGCACUUUCCGUACUACAAUACUUAUUGCUAGAGAUUUAA